GUGUGUGUGUGUGGUGGGUGGCUGACAGCUGGGCUCGCCUGCGCUCCAGCUCCACUCAGCUAAGAAGCUUCAUCCCCAAAUAGGAUGACCGUCGGCGGCUGUCGUGGACGAGCCUGUGCGCACCUCAGUGACCGUCGCCACAACCGGGACUCCCGUUUCACUAUUCCCGUGGGACACUUUUAGAGCAUCCUCAUUACAUCGGCGUGUCUUUCCCCCCUUUUCUUUCUCGUUUUCUAGUGCGGAUUUCGAGAUGGAUAUUCCGAUUUGAGCGCCGCGCGCACACACACACAAAAAGAAGAGACGCGCAAGAGAAAAGUAGCGCUCGUAUUGUUGUGAGUCGUUGCGUUAAGAAUCACAUUUUAUGGAUUACUAAUAGACAAGAGUCGAGCAACCGCUACCAGAUCUGUCCAUUCAUGAGCUGAAGGCUGAGGUACAUCUGCACCAGAGGACCAGCAGCAGCGGCAGCAGCAGCAGCUGCACAGUGGUGCAACCAUGAGGUCAGAGGCCUUCCUCCUCUACUUCAUGCUACUGCACAUUGCUGGAGCCGGCUUCCCAGAAGACAGCGAGCCUAUAAGCAUCUCUCACGGCAACUAUACAAAGCAGUACCCGGCUUUUGUAGGCCACAAGCCCGGCAGGAACAACACGCAGCGCCACAAACUGGACAUCCAGCUCAUCAUGAUCAUGAACAAGACUUUAUUCAUCGCUGCCAGGGAUCACAUAUACACAGUGGACAUGGACACCGCCGUGAAUGACGAGAUCUUUUUCACUAAGAAAUUGACAUGGAAGUCCAGGCAGGGUGACGUGGACACGUGUCGAAUGAAAGGGAAGCACAAGGACGAGUGUCACAAUUUCAUCAAAGUCCUCCUGCAGCAAAACGACGACGCCCUGUUUGUUUGCGGGACAAACGCGUUCAACCCCUUGUGUCGAACGUACAAGAUGGACACCUUGGAAGCUCUCGGAGAGGAGAUCAGCGGGAUGGCUCGCUGCCCUUAUGAUGCCAAGCAUGCCAACGUUGCCCUCUUUGCUGACGGCAAGCUGUACUCGGCCACGGUCACCGACUUUCUGGCCAUUGAUGCGGUCAUCUAUCGUAGCCUUGGAGACAGCCCGACACUGCGUACGGUUAAACAUGACUCCAAGUGGUUAAAAGAGCCCUACUUUGUGCAGGCAGUCAAUUACGGCGACUUCAUCUAUUUCUUCUUCAGGGAAAUUGCCAUGGAGUACAACACGAUGGGAAAGCUGGUGUUUCCUCGGGUGGCGAGGGUUUGCAAGAAUGACAGAGGCGGUUCACCCCGCGUCCUGGAGAAGCAAUGGACAUCAUUCCUCAAAUCCCGCCUGAACUGCUCCAUUCCCGGCGACUCCCAUUUCUACUUCAACAUCCUCCAGGCGGUGACUGACGUCAUUCACAUCAACGGGAGGGAUGUUGUGAUGGCCACUUUCUCCACGCCGUACAACAGCAUUCCAGGCUCGGCCGUAUGCGCCUAUGACAUGGCGGAGGUGGCCAACGCGUUCACCGGGCGCUUCAAAGAGCAAAAAUCCCCAGACUCCACCUGGACGCCUUUUCCCGAAGAGAGGGUUCCCAAACCAAGGCCUGGCAGCUGCGCCGGCAGUCCAUCUAUGGAGAGGUACAAGGUCUCCAAUGAGUUCCCCGAUGACACGCUUAACUUUAUCAAGAUGCAUCCCCUGAUGGAUGAGGCCGUGCCCUCCAUCGCCAACCGGCCCUGGUUCCUCAAAACCAUGGUUCGCUAUCGCUUGACCCGCAUUGUGGUGGACAGCGAAGCGGGCCCCCAUAAGAACCACACCGUGGUCUUCCUGGGAUCUGAGAAAGGCAUUAUCCUCAAAUUCCUCGCAAAGAUGAACAACGGCUUCCUGAACGACAGCUUGUUCCUGGAGGAACUCAACGUCUACAAUCCCGACAAGUGCAAUAUAGACGGCGUGGAAGACAAGCGCAUCGUCGGCAUUCAGAUGGACGCCAAGGGUCACGCCCUGUGGGUGGCGUUCACUUCCUGUGUGGUUAAAGUGCCUCUGUCUCGCUGCGAAAGACACGGAAGAUGCAAGAAGUCCUGUAUCGCCUCCAGGGACCCUUACUGUGGUUGGGUGUCGGAAGGAGCAUGCAGACAAGUGAUUGACAGCAAAUCCGCCUUUGAGCAGGACGUGGAGCAUGGUAACACAGAUGGCCUGGGAGACUGCCAAAAUACCUUCGUGGCACUGAAUGACAUUCCUUCCGGUUAUAAAGGCCGCCGUCACCACCAUCACUACCACACCCUGUCACUCCCCACGCCGGCCCUACCCGAGGCCGCCGAGGGCCCCCUGGGCCGGGGCCGCAUGGUGGAGCAUAAGGUGCCCCCCAUGAGUUCAGACACGGGAGAGGAGCCCUACAUGGCCGUACCCUCUCAGACUCAGCCCGAAGUCGAUGGCGUGAUCCGCGAGAGCUACCAGAAGGGUCGCGACCAGCUGGUUCCCGUCACCCUGUUGGCCAUCGCCGUCAUCCUGGCGUUUGCCAUGGGCGCCAUCUUUUCCGGCAUCAUUGUUUACUGCGUUUGCGACCACCGGCGGCGAGACUUGGACCUGCCCGGCCGCAAGGACAAGGACAAUCACCACCUGCACUCUCGCCGGGGCUCCAUGAACAGCGUGACCAAACUGACGGGUCUGUUUGAGACGCAGGCCAAAGACGGCCGACCCGAGGCCAUUCUGACGCCUUUGAUGCACAACGGGCGACUCACGCCCAACGGAAAGAUGCUCAUCAAAGCCGACCAGCACCACCUGGACCUCACCGCUCUGCCGACGCCCGAGUCCACACCCAUGCAGCCGCGCCGCAAGCCCAGCCGGGGCAGCCGCGAGUGGGAACGUAACCAGAACCUCAUCAACGCUUGCACCAAGGACAUGGCGUCCAUAGGCUCCCCUGUCAUCUCGGACCUGCCCUUGAGGGCGUCCCCGGGACACAUCCCCAGCGUGGUGGUGCUGCCUCUGCCGCAGCACCAGCACCAGCUCCCCCCUCACCUGCAGCAGUCCUACCAGCACGAGUACGUCGAGCAGCCGCACCCCAGCGACCUCGGCGUGAGCCUCGUGGACGACCAGGGCGCCACCCUGGAGUACAAGACGGUGAAGAACGGCCACCACAAUCUCACCAUGGUGGGUCCGGACGGGGUGCUGCCGCCCCGUGUGCCCCAACGGGAAGCUUCGCUCACCAUCCCGCCGGCGGUGCCGCAAAUGGGCAAGCGCCUCGAGGUGCACUCGUCCGUCUACGGCCUCCGGAAAGGCUCGUCAUCUUCCGCCUCGGGCUCGUCCGGCCUCAAGAAGCACAACACCAACUCGUCCAACUCCUCCCAUUUGGCGAGGCACCAGAGCUUCAACCGCGUGGAGACACCACCCCCCGCGCCCCAGCGGGUGGACUCUAUACAAAUGACAGCGCAGGGCAUAUCUCUGUCGCGGCAGCCAGGCAUGAGCUCCUACGGUUCGCUGCCCCGUGGAGGCAUCAAGCACCUCAAGCCCGACGUCCCCCCAAAACCGUCCAUUGUGUCGCUUUCCACAAAGGUGAAGUCCAGCGACGGCUGCACAUAGUCUGACGGGGGUCUUUCGGACUACGCGAUAAUUUUUUUGUUUGGGUGUACAGUACGGUUGGUCAUGUGACACAGUUUUUUUAAGAAAACCCUUUCUUUUAUACAAACGUGUAAAUAACAACAAGCGGGGUGGAACAAUUGCUACAGAGACAAGAGGACACCCCGACAAUUUGAUCUGUGUAGCAUGGACAAGUGGGGGCUUUCUUGAUCUCUACCAGGACAAAAUGGAUUCAGGUGGGCAAGGGGGAACCGGGUGGGGUUUUUUGAGUGUACAGUACAUUUAGGGCCCGCUGACCCGAAGACUGGAAAUACGCUUCAGCUGCCUGUUGGAAUACUGUGAAAAGCCUCCAAGUGUUACAGCAAUCAAACCGCCGCCUGGACUGGCCCGGACCAGAAAAAUCCUCCCGUUUCACUGAACACUUGACUGCUAAUACUAAUAGCGCGUUGUAUUUAUUUUUUAUGAAGUGCUUUUGAAGAGAAAAAAAAAAAGACUUUGUAGGAUCAUCAAUGAGAGAGGGCAGAAAGAUCUUUUUAAUAUGAAUUAAUCAAGUGUGAUUGAAAAAAAAAAUACAACAACACAUAUUUAAAGUCAUUAAACUGGAGCCAGUAGAUUUUUUUUUCUUAAUGACUUAAAGGUGAGGAAGAGAAGAUAUUUAUUUACAGUGUGCCACAACGGACUUUUACUGUCAUAGACCAUUUAAUUUAAAAGGAAUAUUUCCCCUUUUCCAUCCAUGUGCGUGUGUGUGCUUACGUGUGAGAGAGAGAGUCAGUAACGCCGCUCCUGAUUGGCUAUGUCAUAUCAAGAAUCUUUUUUUAAACCCCUCCCCACAUGUAAAUUUGUGCCUUACACCCUCAAGUAGUAACAAUGUUUUCUUCGAUAGUUGUUAACUUGUAGUGUUUUUACUUUUUCUUACGUCAUGUUUCCCUGAUUUGAUAAAAAUUCAAUUAAAGAAUGUAGAUGUUAUUGUUGUAAUUCUGCUCCCCUACACACACAACCACAAACAUCUAUGUUGUCAACUGUGCCAUAAAUGAGCUUUUGUUUUGUGUGUCCACCGCGACGUCAUUGUUGUCGUGUUUUUCCACAUUUGUGUUUUCUACAAUUGUACAAUUGUAAGGCGGUGGCACGACCGAUUGACUGACACAUUUGUUACGCGAGUGCACUGCUAGCAGUUAGCAUAGCGUUAGCAACCCGAGCUAACCUGGUAGUGACACUAAACGGGGCUUCUUGAGUCACAUUAAACAGGCUGGUUCCUGUGAAGACAAUGAAAAAAAACGUGACCUAAUAAUAAUACAACGCCCCAUUUUGUAAGGCGAGUUUGUAGUGCAAAGUUAACUAAUCUACCCUUACGUUAUCUGUCAUUUUUUGAGCUGUCCCCACACUUAAAUCAACAAAGCACUCUUUUAGUGUUAUCUGUGUAGAUAGGUGAAUGUUUUAUUGAACUGUUAUUUUUUUCCCCCAAAGCCAAUUUUGUCUCAAAUCGCAACCCACUUGAGAAAGACUUGGGACUAGUGAUGCUGCAUUCAAGGCUGCUGGAAAUUUGGAUUGAAAGGUGGCCUGUGACUAUGCUAAGACAGUCUAUGAUUUGUUUGUUUCCUUCUUUAAAAAUACAUUUGACCCAAAAGCGCUUGCGGUUGGUUGAUGACCAGCCCAAAGUCUUCUGGAAUAAGCUCCUGCUCCUAAAUGCAGUAUGCUACAGCUUUGCAGGUUCCUGUGCCCCCCUGACAAGAACCAUCAAGUCAAAAAUGUUUCAAGUGGUCACAAGCAGAAUGUGACAACUCGAGGAUGUGCUCAUGUGCACAUUCUGUGUUAAGUUUUUGAAUCUAGUUUAUGAGGUCCAAUCGGCCAGUGAGGUUCUCUGGUGUGUGUGUGCCUUGUCGUCUCUCUCCCAUCCCCCGAUAACACGCAAAGCGCAGUGACCGGACGAUGACGUGACCUUUGUGAGCUUGUAAAAUAUUGUGACGUCACACGUUUUUUGCCCUGUUUUUCCACCUCCUUAACAUCUGAUUCACAACUUAAUGUAUGUUGUAAAGGAAUAAAAAAAGACUUUAAUUUAAUGCAAAAUGUAAUUUAAAAAGAAGAAAAAAAAUAAAUUCUUGUCAUGAAGUCCUUGA